GUUUUUAAACUUUGGGUUAAUAUUUAAAUUCAAAAUCUUUUCGGGUCAUUUGAUCAAUUUCCCCUCAAUAAAACGUAGCGUCGAGCAUCAAAACUCCAAGACUUAGGCUUCUAAAAAAAACUUAGGUUAAGCACUUCUUUUUGGGUAAUACUUUUUAAAGUUUUUUUCGUUUAAUACAACGAAUAGGUGGGAGAUUAACCCUUUCUAAUAAAAAUUUAGAGUAAAGUUUCUCGAAAAUUUAUACGAAUUCGACAAAAUAAAAAUGUUAAAAUUUAAAAUGAAAAUAAAAUGACCAAAAAUUUUCCUCCAAAAUAUCAUCCUUUUAAGCAUUUGGGAAUUUCUUGCUUGCCUCGGUGGCCACUGCCGUCUUCCCGGCCAAAAUCGCAAUGAUACUGAAGAGCCGCCUGAGUCGAGCCCGAUGAGGUCUCCGAAGAAAUGAUCCUGCCGGGCUCCAACAUUGUGCUCGGCCCUUACGCCGGCGACUCUCGGGUCAAGGAGGUGGAAUUCGUGAAGAGCAGCGCUCGAGCCAGGGAUUGCCCUAAAGAUGAUAAACCGGAAUUUGCGAUUCUUGGUCGCUCCAAUGUCGGCAAAUCUUCCCUUAUCAAUGCCCUUGUUCGCAAAAAGGAAGUGGCGCUUACGUCUAAGAAACCAGGGAAGACGCAGCUGAUUAAUCACUUCUUGGUGAAUAAAAGCUGGUACAUAGUAGACUUACCGGGCUAUGGUUUUGCCAAAGCCUCAGAAGCUGCUCGAAUGGAUUGGUCCUCGUUCACGAAAGGUUAUUUUAUAAACCGUGAUACUCUGGUAGCUGUGCUGCUUCUUAUUGAUGCAAGUGUUCCACCUCAAAAAAUCGACUUAGAUUGUGCCAAUUGGCUUGGUCGCAACAAUAUACCGAUGACAUUUGUCUUCACAAAGUGCGACAAAAUGAAGGUGAGCAAAGGAAAAAGACCCGACGAGAACAUCAGGGACUUUCAACAACUUAUCAGACAAAAUUACAAGGUACAUCCUUCUUGGAUCAUGACGAGUAGCGUCACGGGGUUAGGUCGGGAUGAAUUGCUUCUACACAUGUCCCAACUGAGGAAUUUCUGGGAUCAAUAAGCAAUGAUUUAGAGACUUAUUUUUGGUUGAAAAAACUGGUUAUCCAUGUUAUGUAAUAUAUUGUGAUAAGAAUAGUUAGAAAUCCAUCUGGUUGCCUAUUUUGGGUUUACUAAUUUAA